GCACGCACACAUGCACACCAGCCAACCCAAAAUCGAACGAUUGAACAGUGUGCACACGAACACACUGCUGUCGUACCUGUGUAUUCAUGGUUAAUGCGUAUUGUUCGUACUGACGACACAAAGAAACCAUCGACACACAAACACAUGGAAUACACACCAAAACACUGAGUUGCCAUAAAAAAAAAAAACGUUCAUGUUCUGGUGUUGCUGCUAUUUGCUGUAUCCAUUGUUACUUCAUUAAUCAGUCAGAGUUUUUGUCUUUGUGUAAUAAAUAUCGCCUCUUCGCCAUAUCGCGUGUGUACGAGAAAAUAUUUUGCAAAAAAAAAAAACGAAAAAAAUUCAUUUGUAUGUAUCCAAAUAUUGUGUAAAAAAAAUUUUUCGUGGUGACUGUUUAAUGCAGUCAUCAACCGAAGAGUCGAAACAAGAACAAAAAAAUCUGGAAGGAAAAUAAGUCCAUCUUUUUUUUCUGAUCACGGAAUUCCCACAUAGUUAUUUCAUUGUCCACUCGACCUACAGACGAUUACUUUGUGUUCUUCUAUUAUUAUUUUUUCUACGUUCGAUUUUGAAUUUGUGUGUCUCAGUGCAAGAAAAAUAAAAGUCUUUGGUGUGCACGCGUUUGUGGUGGUGUUUUCACAUUGGCACAUACGGAAUUAAAUCAAACAGAAAAGCGAGUGAAGUGAGAACAGAGCUAGAGAAAAGAAAAAUCAAAACGAAGUUUCACAAAACUGGAAGCAAUACGGUCGUCUAUUGACUUGGUUGGUGGUUUGUUUGUGUUGUGUUUUGGUGUGCAUAGUGAAUUGCAAAGUGUUUGGGAGUGUAGCUAAUCGCGUGGAAGGAUCCCGUUUUUUUUUUCUGUUCGAACCGAAAGAAGCAAAAAAUAAAUCAUAGUAUCCAAACCUAAAAAUAAAUAACAAAAAAAAAAACACACACACACACACAGACAAACACAAAAUGCAGGCUAAUGAUGGUGACGAUGGUUGGGCCGCCAACAUCGAAGAACAGUAUAUCGAAGCAAUUGAACGACAGCAACCCAACUAUGAAGCUCAAUACUUAAGUGAACGCGAUAACUGCAUCCGAAAUUUAUUUCAUAAUUUUCAAGAAUCAGCCACUUCAAUCGCACAGCUCUACAGAGAUAGAAUAAAUUCGAGAGAAACAGGUGCUUUGUGGAUUCCAUUUCAAACUGCAGCUGGUACUGUUACUACUUUAUACAAAGAAUCAUGUGAUGGAAUUCGUCGUUCAAAUGAAUUAGCAAUGAACACUGGAUACCAACGUCGCACACGUGAAAUUGCUGACUGGGCCCGCAGCAAGCGUCGACGCUACAUUCGUCGCGAAGAUUUGCUCGCCUAUUUAGCUGGAAAAUCGUCACCACCAUCCGGUAUGAUACACGUCACCCGUUUGUCACCACAGCAUUUGUACACAAAUACACAACAAGCAAAACCAUUGCACAGUCAACACAUCGGGCCCGGUUCACCAACGUCAGCUCAUCAGAUGCAGCCACACAAUGAACAUCAUCAUCUGCACAGCGGCGCCACGUUUGUGUCAUCGAUGGACUCGGAUUUGCAUACGUUCAAGGAGGCCUUAGCUCGCCGUUCACGAGCUCCAGAGUUGUAUGCAUUUGUGGCCGGCGAGAUAGCACGUAACUCAAGCAAGCGACCAGCUAGUCCAUUAGAUGUAAAUAUGGAUGUUCAAAAUCUUUGCAGUAAGAGACAACGUUUCAUGUAAAAAAGAAAGAAAACAAAAUCAACAAUUUCUCAACACAAUCAAUCACACACACACACACACACAAACAUGCCCGAAGUAAACAGCAACAGCACACAUCAAUCUCCGGAUACGUAUAACUAGAAAUUAUUGAUACCAGAGUAACAUGAUAAUUCAACGCAAUGAUGAUGAUGAUGAUGAUGAUAAAAUGGAUUCGAAGAAAUUCACUUUCGAAUUAUAUUCUAUUAUAGUAUAUGCAAAAUGUUUAAGCAUAGAAACCAAGCAACAGAAUAAGAAUAAUAAAAACGAAUCAUCAGGUCAAAACUAAAAUAUCAAAAACAAGAUAAACUAAAAUAAAAACGCUACAGAUUCGGAUGAAAUGUAACUGAAAAAAUGAAAUGAGAAUAAUCAUUAAUGUUAUUGUCAUACACAGAAACACAGCAAACACCUCGUUAUCAAAUUGAAUCUUGUUUUUUUUUCAGAUUUCCUUUUUCUUUUGAUAUAAAGCUAUAAGAAUUUUCAUUAUUAUUUCCCUUUUUGUAUGCAUUCGAAAGCAAUUUACUUACAUAAUUAUUCACUAUGAUAUUAUGGCAAGUGACAGAUAUAAUAUUUAGACAUUUGUUAAAAUGAAAAACUUUUUUCACAAAAUGGCAAAAUUUAUUAGACACAUCAAUUAUUUUCCCUUUGUUUGAUUAUUUUUUUUUUCUCUUUUCCCUCUUUCGUUACGUUUACUUUUAUUCAUAUUUUUGCCUCAAUUCAACAAUUUUGUUCAUUGUUUUUGCAACACACAGUUGUUGCGCUCGCUUCUAUCGUUCUUCAGGAUUUCAAGUGAAUAAUGAUCAGUUUACUUAUAUACAACUACAUGAAAACCAAAAUCGAUAAGCUAGGGUUACUCACUACGAAAUUGUAGUAAUUUUUUUUUUUGCUUAGUCUUUUAUUGCAAUUACUAUUAAAAAAUGAACUUACGUGUAUUAAUUUACAACAAGUGAAAAAGAAAGAAGUGGAGAAAAGUCGAAACAAAUAAAAAACCAAUAUUUUUGCCAAUUAUCAAACAA